AAAAAAAAAAAAAUCAAAUGAAUAAUUCUUUACUACUUACUACAAGGCAUAUAAUCUCUAUAGUUGUUUUAAUUUUUCAACAUCAAAAGUUCCUUGUUUGUUCUACCACCAGAAGUAUUUGUUCUUUCUUCACCGCCAGCAAAAAAAAAGAUCGAUCCGUCUUUCUCCUGCGAACAGAGAGAGAGAGAGAGAGAGAUGAGAGAGCUCUCAGCAAGUAGUGGUCUAGCAUGGCUGCGUUUGGUAUUCUUCGCUUCGAUUGGUUUGCAGUUUGUCUUAGGUCUAUCAGGUGAUUCCAAGGAUACGAAUGCAGGAGUUAAGGCAGAAUCUCAUUCCUCUUCUAGCAAAACAGGCACAAAAGUAAUCCUCGUACUGUUCGGAUUUGUGGCUGUGGCGGUCUUCUCCUUCUUCCUAUACAAGCUGUGGCAGAAGAAGAAAAGAGAUGAGCAGUAUGCUCGACUGUUAAAGCUGUUUGAGGAAGAUGAUGAACUGGAGGUUGAAUUAGGUCUUCGGGAUUAGAAACGCCAAUUUGUCAACAAAAGCCUCAUGUAUGUUUGUGUUCGUUUUGUCCGAUCAUGUAGGUGGAACGUUCCGGGCAUUUAAAUUUGAAGUAUAUAUAAUAUACGCACACUUUGAUGGGUAACUGAUGUAGCUGUCUCGUCACUGAUCAUCAUCGUCAUCAAUUCAUCAUUAUCCUCUCUAGACGAUUGUUUUCUGGUUGGAAAUAAACUAUCAAAACUUGUGGAAUUCUCUUACUUGUUUAGCUUUUAUUAGGUCCACUUUUGUACAACUUAUUACUAUUUGAUUCCAUGUACUUCUUUAUAGUGAGUGAUUCCUGCAACCUUGCCCUUCUUUUGGGAUUGAGCCAGGUUUAUUAAAAAGUUAGUACUCCAAGGGAACUUGUAUGAAUGACAUUUGAGUUUGAGGUAUUGUGAAGAAUACAUA